GCCUUUUGGGUCAGCCCAGUUCUCUCAGAGGGACUCCAAAAAAACUCUCACCAGGUGCCAGAGUGCCGAACCACACACAGAGAUCCGACUCUUCCCUCGAUCUCUACAGUUCCCUAUGGCGCAUCGAAGGACAAAGCUCUUGUUCCUCCUUUGCGCUCUGUGCUACGCUGUCGCCGCCAUUGCAGGGAAGAGCUACUAUGAUAUACUGCAAGUGCAGCGUGGUGCCUCGGACGACCAGAUCAAGAGGGCGUAUAGAAAGCUCGCGUUGAAGUACCAUCCCGACAAGAACCAGGGAAAUGAGGAGGCUAAUAAGCGAUUCGCCGAAAUUAACAACGCAUACGAAGUGUUGUCGGAUAACGAGAAGAGGAAUAUAUACGAUAAGUAUGGGGAAGAGGGGCUGAAACAACAUGCAGCUAGUGGGGGAGGCAGAGGUGGCGGUGGAAUGAACAUCCAAGAUAUUUUUAGCCAGUUUUUUGGUGGGGGCCAAGCGGAGGAUGAAGAAGAAAAAGUUGUUAAAGGUGAUGAUGUGAUUGUUGACUUGGAUGCAAGUUUGGAAGAUUUAUAUAUGGGAGGAUCAUUGAAGGUUUGGAGGGAGAAAAACAUUUUAAAGCCAGCCCCAGGCAAGAGACGCUGUAACUGUAGAAAUGAGGUAUAUCACAAGCAAAUUGGUCCAGGGAUGUUCCAACAGAUGACUGAGCAGGUCUGUGAACAGUGCCCAAAUGUCAAAUAUGUACGCGAGGGAUAUUUUGUCACCGUUGACAUUGAGAAAGGGAUGCAGGAUGGGCAAGAGGUUGUUUUCUAUGAAGAUGGUGAGCCUACAAUAGAUGGAGAAGCUGGAGAUUUAAGGUUUCGCAUCCGCACAGCCCCCCAUGGUCGCUUCAGAAGAGAAGGCAAUGACUUGCACACAACUGUCACCAUAACACUGGUUCAAGCUCUAGUUGGUUUUGAGAAGAGCAUCAAACAUCUCGAUGACCAUUUGGUUGACAUCAGUACAAAGGGAAUUACUAAGCCCAAGGAAGUGAGAAAGUUAAAAGGGGAGGGGAUGCCGUUGCAUUUUAGCACAAAGAAAGGUGAUCUUUACGUAACAUUUGAGGUUUUAUUCCCAACAUCUCUAAAAGAGGACCAGAAGACGAAGAUCAAAGAAGUUCUUGGUUAGGAUAUAGGAUAUAGGUGAAAUCUUUACCCAUUGUAACAUGAUGAUGAUACACUAUUGUUUUAGUAUGUUUCUAAGAUGUUUUUGCUGUAAUCAUUGAAGCCAUUUGGCAUACCAGUUUUCCCUCGUUAGCGGCAUAGUUUCUCAUUGUUUUAAGGGGAACUAUAAUAGGAAUGGAAAGGUACUAAAUUUACCGA